AUGCGAGAGAAGACGCUGAAGCAAGAGAUUGCCAGCUUGCAGGCCGGGAAGGGGCUCCUCGAGCAGGAGAAGCAGUCAAGCGAGGAGUCGAGGAAGGAGGAACAUGCUCUGAGACUUGCUAGGGAAUUUACAGGCCUGGAUGGCUGCUUUUUGGGCAAGAAUGGUGCCCACGGUGGGCUGGCGAGCAUCCUGGUUGGCAUGAGCAAUGAUGCUAAGGCAUUGGGGGGACAUGGUGUAGCCGUGGCUGCUCUUGACAGGAUGGAGAGCGGAAGGACCAUCAAUGCUGGGUGGCUUCAACAAUUUAUAAGGCUACAUCCUAAGAAAACUCUUCACGAAGCCCUCAAGAAAGGAUUGCAACAACUUUCUGACAGCCAGCUCCCCUUGUUUGGGCCAUUAUGCAGUGCCGUUUCUCAGAUGAGGUCCUCGACAGAGAUUGCUUCCUUCGAGGGAGAUGCUCUCACGGUGCUUCCUGAUGAUGCUGGAGAGGAGGUUCGCGUUCCGGAGUUGGCCCCAGACUUUAUCGGCAUCGAGGUGGAAUGGGAAGAGGAUUCCUCGGAGCAGGUCAGGGAAGAUGAUCAGAACAACCAGGAGCUGGUGGGGAAGGAACGUCGGCUCCUUCACCUGUCAAGGAAACCAACGAAAGCCAACCAAGCCAGCUGCCGAGUCAGAAGGAAGUUUGAACCUUCUCUUUGUAAUAGGGUUUUUGUUGCUAAGGAUUCAUACUUUAUUCAUCUCUUACAUCUAUUGGUUCUUGAGGAAGAUGAGGUUGUGAAGUUUCCCAUGUAUGCGAUGAUUUCUUCGAUUCUGAGGAAAUUUGGGGAUGUCCAUAACACCGACAAAGUAAAACUCCUCGAGAAAGAGCUUUCUGAUGCUGUUAACGCACUUAACCUACGGGUGCACUCCCCUUUGGUACAGCCCUUUAGACAGCAAGAGGAAGAAUGGAAGCGCCGACUUCACCAAUAUAACUUGGACUUCCAUGCUUCCCUGUCUCUUGAAGCAAACAUUGACGAGGAGAUGGGGAAGCUGAAGGGGGAAAACUCUCAGCUUGGGAGGCGCAAGAAAAUUGUUAUAUCUAUGUGGUUCCUCGAAAAGUUUGAUAUGCUUGCCCCGGUCGAGUCUCAAAUAAAGGUUCGCACUGAACGUUUUAUUGCUGCCAUCAACCUCCUGAAGAAGAGGACCAGAGAGGCGGAGUUCUACUCGAGGCAGGCUACUGUGCUGCAGAACAUAUUGGUGGACAACCAGAUUUCUUUACCCAUUCUCGACGACCUGGAUCUGGAGGACAAAGCGAGGGAGAGGGCAGCUGCUGAGGAGUAUCUUGUUAGACUCAAUGAUCAGGAUUGGGAGAUUUUAGAUUUGAGAGAUAAACUUGGUCAUUGUCUCCAUAUGCUUAGGUCGCUUGAAUAG